AUGGCGGUGAUAUUGAGGAGUAACACCGAUCUGGUGUAUUUGCCUGAUCAUGGGUUCGUAGGAGAGGAGGGAGCCCUCCGUAUACUACCUCAGAUAACCCGACAUAUCCACCGUCUCGACAUCUCUCACAACCUCCUCGGCUCCUCCGGUACACUCACACUGUUCAAGGGUCUCUCCACCUUGUGCUUACGCCAUUCUUCCGCUGAAUUAGGCCUGGGCAUGUGGGGUUUGAAAGAGGUUAAUCUGGGUAACAACAAUUUAGAUGAUAUUGCUUUUGAUGGCGUACUAGCAUAUGCAAAGAAGGACGUAUGGUUGAAGAGAGUCUUGGUCCAUGGGAAUGAUAUAACGCUGGAUGAGAAGAAUGUGAAUAGCAUUGUGAAUUCUCUGAACGGUAGUCAUAUAACUUCGUUAUCACUCGUCAAUAAUACUUCAAUAUCGCCUAAAGGUUUAGUGAGGCUUAUGGGAUUGUUAGAUGCGACCGAACUGAAACAACUUUUAUUAUCUGCUUGUAAUCUAUCCUCUGAAGAUGGACUGAUCGAAGCCAUAGUGAAUUACUUGGCAUCAAGUAGAUCAAGAAAUUUGGAAAGUUUAGAAUUGAAUGGGAAUCAUCUUGGUGGAAUUGGAGUGACGAAAAUUGUUGAUUGUAUUGAAUCGAGUAAUUGGACGAUAACGACUUUGGGAUUAUUGGCGAAUCAUAGUUUAUCGGAUCAACUGGUUCCAUUCGAUGAUGUCGAUCCUGAUCAUGAUCAUGAUCCGAUUGGCGAUCGUGAUCACAAUCAUCCUGGAUUCGGUCCGGACAGUGAUUACAGACUUCUUAGAGCUGAGGAGAGUAGGACGAUGGAUCAUCAAAUUCAUCGAAGAUUACCUGAAAUCCUGGAUAGGAAUAGGAUAUUAAGCAAACGAAUACGUCUGGCGGCUCUCAAAACUCUAGUCCCAGCUAGGAUCAUACUCAAUGCUAUACCAUUAUCGGACGAACAGACCGCUCGUAGGAUUAUCUACGAUAUAUCUCAAGAUCGAUCAUGUGAUAUCGGGGGGUUUAGGCUGCUGGAGCUACCUGAAGAAGUGAUACAUCUCAUUGUGAGACAUACGUCCGACGAUCCGUGGGCGUUCUCUGAAUCUCAAUGGACAAGGUUACGGAAAGAAGUCAGUAGUAGAGAUAAUCUGAGGAAAGCUUCCGAGCUGGCUAACAGUAGGUUAAGAGGAAAAUUACCGGAUGAGAGGAGGGAGACAAUGAGGGAGUUGAAGAAUGAUUGGUUGAGGAAGGGAAGAUGGGAUAAAUGGGAGAGAUGA